CCGUCACGUGCAGCAUUUUGUAAGAACAAACCAAUCGCGGUGAAAGGAGUGAGUUUAAAACCAGGACACAGCAAGACACGCUUUAUCUGUGUUUGUCGCCGUGAACUGUACACGAUUGAACAUUUCAAACCAUAUCAUCGCCAAAAUGUCCAUGGUUUUGGAUUCCUUUGGAGACGAAUUAGUUUUCUUUGUGAAUGGGAAGAAGAUUGUGGAGAGAAAUGCGGAGCCAGAGAUGACUCUCCUGACAUACCUCAGAAGAACAUUGGGUCUUACCGGAACUAAGCUCGGGUGUGCAGAAGGUGGCUGUGGGGCCUGUACUGUGAUGGUGUCCAAGUUUCACCGAUGCCAGAACCGGAUUGUUCACCACUCUGUAAAUGCCUGUCUGGCUCCAAUCUGUUCCCUCCACCACUGUGCUGUUACGACUGUUGAGGGCAUUGGGAGUGUGGCCACUAAGCUUCACCCAGUUCAGGAGCGCAUUGCCAAGGCUCAUGGCUCGCAGUGUGGGUUCUGUACCCCUGGAAUUGUCAUGUCCAUGUACUCCCUCCUGCGGAACAGCCCACACCCCUCCGUGCUGGACAUAGAGGAGGCAUUUCAAGGAAAUUUGUGCCGGUGCACUGGGUACAGGCCAAUACUGGAGGGGUACAAAUCCUUCACGAAAGAUGGCAGCUGCUGUGGGGGGAAAGGAAAAACAAAUUGUUGCUGCAUGGAUAAGGAGAACAAGGACGAGUACACAAAUGGGCAUUCCAUUUCACAGCUGUAUGACCCAUCUGAAUUCAUGCCUCUGGACCCAACACAAGAGCUAAUAUUCCCUCCAGAACUAAUGACUUUGGAGAAGAAACCUCUGAGACAGCUGCGGUUCAAAGGGGAAAGAGUCCUGUGGAUUCAGCCGACUUCCCUCUCUGAACUCCUGGAGCUCAAGGCACAAUACCCCACAGCCAAGUUAGUGGUUGGCAACACAGAAGUCGGUAUUGAGAUGAAAUUUAAGAACCUCCUGUAUCCCGUGAUUCUGGCUCCAGCCUUAAUCCCAGAACUGAACAAAGUCCAGCAUACAGAGAGUGGCAUUGUGUUUGGAGCUGCCUGCACUCUAACUCUGCUGGCGGAUGUGCUUCAUGACAGCGUGCGGGACCUCCCUUCUCACCAGACCGAAAUUUUCCAGGCAGUGCUGGAGCAGCUGCACUGGUUUGCUGGGCAGCAGAUCCGCAAUGUCGCUGCUAUAGGUGGAAACAUAAUGACAGCCAGUCCCAUUUCUGACCUCAACCCUAUGUUCAUGGCUGCUGGCUGCAAGCUCACACUACUGAACAAAGGAGGAAAACGAAUUCUUCAGAUGGACGACAAAUUCUUUCCUGGCUACAGAAGAACCGCUAUGAAACCAGAUGAGAUUUUGCUUUCUGUAGAGCUCCCUUACACAAAGAAGGGCCAGUACUUCUCAGCUUUCAAACAGUCCCAACGUCGGGACGAUGACAUUGCCAUAGUAACCUGUGGAAUGAAUGUUGUGUUUGAAGAGGACACCAACACUGUGAAAGACCUUCGGCUCAGCUAUGGAGGCAUGGCACCAACCACUGUGCUGGCCAAGAACACUAGCAACCAGCUGAUUGGCAGGACAUGGAGUGAAGAGCUGAUGCAAGAAGCCUGUUCGCUAUUGGCUGAGGAAAUGACCCUUGACCCCUCUGCCCCUGGUGGAUUAGUUGUAUACAGGUGUACACUGACGAUCAGCCUCUUCUUCAAAUUCUACCUCACUGUCCAGAACAAGCUUGCAAAGGACCUCAAAACAGAGGGAAUUAUUGUGGAAGAUUUGAGACCUGCCUAUGCCAGUGCUGUCAAGCCCUUCCACAAAGAGCCCCCUUCCAGUGUUCAGAUCUACCAGGUGGUGCCCCCAGGGCAGAGCGAAAUUGAUGUGGUGGGACGUCCCAUAAUGCACCUGUCCGCACUGAAGCAGGCCACAGGGGAGGCGGUCUACUGUGAUGACAUCCCACACUAUGAAAAUGAGCUUUAUUUGGCUCUUGUCACCAGUAGCAAAGCACAUGCCUAUAUCCAAUCUAUUGAUGAAAUGGAGGCUUUGGCUCUUCCUGGAGUGCUCACCUUCCUCUCCGCCAAGGACAUUCCCGGCAGCAACAUGACGGGACCUGCAGUCUAUGAUGAGACUGUUUUUGCUGAUAAAAUGGUCACGUGUGUGGGUCACAUAGUGGGAGCCAUUGUUGCAGACACACGGAGCCACGCACAGAGGGCAGUCAAGGCUGUGAAGAUAUCCUAUAGGGAGCUGAAGCCCAUUGUCACAAUUCAGGAAGCUGUUGCCUGUAAAUCAUUUUACCAACCUGUAAGAACCAUUGAGAGAGGGAAUCUUGCCAAGGGUUAAGAAGCAGAUCAUAUACUGGAAGGUGAAAUGCACAUUGGAGGACAGGAGCAUUUCUUGGAGACACACUGCACUCUGGCUAUUCCUAAGGGAGAGGAUGGGGAGAUGGAGCUCUUUGUAUCCACACAGUCCAUUGCUAAGACGCAGCAACUUGUUGCCAAGGCUCUUGGAGUGCCAGCAAAUAGGAUUGUCUGCAGAGUGAAGAGAAUGGGUGGUGGCUUUGGGGGCAAGGAGAGCAGGAGCACAAUUCUGUCAACAGUGGUCGCCCUGGCAGCUCACAAACUGAAAAAGCCUGUUCGCUGCAUGCUGGACCGUGAUGAAGACAUGCUAGUCACUGGGGGACGACACCCAUUCUUUGGACGUUACAAGGUUGGCUUCAUGAAGAAUGGAAGGGUAAUUGCACUAGAUGUGACCUAUUACAGCAAUGCAGGAAACUCUAUGGAUCUCUCACUCUCUAUUAUGGAGAGAGCACUGUUUCACAUGGAGAACUCCUAUAACAUCCCUCACAUUCGGGGGACAGGUUAUAUAUGCAAGACGAAUCUUCCCUCCAACACGGCAUUUCGAGGAUUUGGCGGCCCCCAAGGCAUGAUGGUGUCAGAGAGCUGGAUGAGUGAUGUGGCUCUACAUUGUGGCCUGCCUGCAGAACAGGUGCGCCGGAUUAACAUGUAUAAAGAGGGUGACAUGACACCCUUCAAACAAUGCCUGGAGCAGUUCACCAUUGACCGCUGCUGGGAUGAAUGCCUCAGAAUCUCUGACUACCAUCAGCGCCAGGUCCAAGUUGAGCAGUUCAACAAACAGAACCGCUGGAAGAAGCGAGGAAUUAGCAUCAUUCCCACCAAGUUUGGGAUUGCCUUCACAGCUCUGUUCCUCAAUCAGGCAGGGGCUCUGGUCCACGUGUACACAGAUGGGUCCGUUCUGCUCACUCAUGGUGGAAGAAUGGGACAGGGACUGCACACCAAAAUGGUCCAGGUGGCAAGUAAGACUCUUGGCAUCCCGAGCUCUAAGAUUUACAUCUCAGAGACCAGCACCAACACAGUGCCCAACACCAGUCCAACUGCAGCGUCCGCCUCCUCUGACCUCAAUGGCAUGGCUGUUUAUAAUGCCUGUCAGAUUCUACUACAACGCAUGGAGCCUUACAAGACCAGGAACCCAAAAGGCAGCUGGCAAGACUGGGUGAGAGCUGCUUAUUUUGACCGGGUGAACUUAUCUGCAAAUGGUUUUUACAAAACUCCUGAUCUGGGGUAUAACUUUGUGACAAACCAAGGAAGACCAUUUAACUACUUCAGCUAUGGUUGUGCUUGCUCAGAGGUGGAGAUAGACUGUCUGACUGGAGACCACGUGAAUCUUCAUACCUCCAUUGUUAUGGAUGUUGGAAAGAGCCUUAAUCCAGCCAUUGACAUCGGACAGAUAGAGGGGGCAUUCAUGCAGGGUGUGGGCCUCUUCACCCUGGAGGAGCUGCGCUAUUCUCCCCAGGGGGUCCUGUUAACUCGGGGCCCCGGCAUGUACAAGAUCCCUGCUUUUGGUGACAUUCCAACUGAAUUCAAAGUGUCCCUGCUCAGGGAUGCUUCAAAUGACAAGGCCAUCUUCUCCUCUAAGGCUGUAGGUGAACCACCACUAUUUCUGGCAGCCUCUGUGUUUUAUGCCAUUAAAGAUGCCAUUGGAGCAGCCAGGGCGGAGUCUGGCCUCAGUGGUCCUUUCAGGCUGGACAGCCCCACAUCCCCAGAGAGGAUACGAAAUGCUUGCGAGGACAGCUUCACCAAACUGUGUCCCCCUGCAGAUCCUGGAACUUUCACACCCUGGGCUGUCCAGGUUUAAGGGAGAGCAGAAGAGGAUUUCCUGACCUCCAUCUCAUCCUCAAAAAAUCUGCACUAGUCAGCUACUGUCAGGAGUACCUCGCCCCCCAGUCCACUCUGAGCUGCUCAAAAUUGUCAUUGUAUUUCUACCUGAAUUUUUGUUGGCGUAAGUGAUUCUGGAUUUCUUGCAGUAACAUGAGAGGCCAGCUCCCCCUCACAUAGUAAAAUAAAAUGGAAAGGCUCGCAUUUUUGUGCUGUAUUUAUGAUUUUCCACAUGCUAGCUUUAAAAGUAAAGAACCUGAAGCACAUUGUAAUUAUUCUUUUUGCCAGUAUGUGAGCUGCAGAGGCCUCUAGUGGCCAAGGUACAGCUAUAAAUAGGAGGUCAUGCAAACACUUCAGAAAACACAAGGUACGUGUAUAGCUGAAACUGGGCUACUACACUGCAAUACUGGAGAGUUCUAGAGAGUUUUUAACAGAAUAUGCCACAUCUGGGAAACAGCAUCAAGUUCAUUCAUUAGUGAGAGAAUUGCAUACUUUUUGGCUGGACCGCAGCAGCGGGGUAAACACAAAGUCUGUGACUGAGUGAUGAAGUCACACCGUUGGUCGGCCAAGUUAUGAAAUUACACUAUUGGUCAGCCGGAUGAAGUGUGUUAGGUCCAGCCAUAUACUAGGUUUUGACCUGGUCUUGUUUUUUGUUAAUUUAACUUGCAUGUACUUCAAAUUAUCCUUUUAACUAUUUGGAUUUUAGUAUUUGUCUAACUCAUUUGGAAAUUAUAUCUAUGUAUUUGAAUUGCCUGGUCCAUGGGUGUUGAUGAUUGAAUAAUGUAUUGAAGUGUAUGGAAUAGCAUUUUUAAAUGGAAAUCAUUCCCCUUCGCUUGCUUGCUGUAUUUGCUUUGAGUGAUUCUUCUGGGCACGCAAAUUUGUUAUAUGUAACUUGUUAGGCUCAUAUACUAUGAUAAUAAAACUGAAAUUGAUUUCUUCAAUACAGAAUGUCUUUUUUUUAGUUAAUGAAUAUUACAAUGUAUUUAUUCAAAAUUUUGUUGUAGAAAGCCAUCCAUUAGAGUACUGGUACCACCUGUAUCCUUUGAAUGUCAUCUGACCACAUUUCUAUUUUCUUCAUAACAUCACUAUUAAAUAUACUGCAGAGUGUUGUAUUACCAUGUCUCACAGGUCAAAAUAAUAGACAUGUUCUGUGAUUUUAUGUGUGUUGUAAUCAGCAAUGCUUAUUUGUCUAUAAUUGUGGAACAUUUGGAACAACAAACUUUCAAUAAAUAUAAGUUUGACUUGA